AUGCCUCCCAACAGCCCGGGGCUAAGGCCCCGGCCCCCUGGGCGCAGCCACAGCACUAUUUCUAUUCCAAUUCCUCGGACCAUGUCACUCCUCAGCAACUACGAAGGGCUGAGGCAUCAGAUUGAGAGGCUGGUUCGGGAAAACGAGGAGCUGAAGAAGCUGGUGAGAUUGAUUCGAGAGAACCAUGAGCUGAAGUCAGCCAUAAAAACCCAGGCAGGUGCCAUGGGCAUCAGUGGGCUCACCUCCAUGCUUGGCGACGGGACGACUAGCUCUUCCUCUCGGACACCUGAUCGUAGUGUCUUUACACCCUUAUCUGCAGGACCAGUACAUGAAUCUGGAUUGAAUGAAUUAGGAAUCAUGACCCUAUCAUCAUUGUCUGAUGUUCUGAACAACUCACAGUCCAACUCUGUGACUAGCUCUCUUACUGGUCCUUUGCCUGUUCCCCUAAGUACUUCACUGCCUGCCUCCUUGGCUGUUCCUACAAAUAAUACACUGUUAAACCUCCUAAACAGAGGCUUAGUGCCUUGCUCCCCAAAUGCCUUUCCAAACAACAUGCUGUCAGAUUCUGUGGCUACUGCCCCAGUUACUCCUAACACCCCUUUAACAAGGACUAUGCCUGGCUCUAUGGCCUUGGCUAACCCUACAAACAACUCUCUUUCGGGUGUUAUGCCCAAUACCCUGACAGCCCCUACAAGUAUACCUCUAACAAAUUCUCUGGGGGGUUCAAUGGCUAUCCCUCCAAUCAGUCCAUUGUCAGGCUCUCUGAAUUCUUCCUUGGCUGCCCCUCUAGCCAAUUCCCAGGUGACCUCAUUAUCAGGCUCUAUACCUGGCUCUCCAGGCCACUUGUUACCUGGCUCUACAGUCAACAACAUACUACUAAUUGACUCCAAUCGACCCCACUCUCCCUUGGAUGCAGCACGUCAAGUUUCCACCAGUCCUAACAACUCAGCCAACACUGUUUCUUCUGUCAUGGUCCCCAAAGUCAAAAUUUCUGCUGAUUAUAACAAAGCGGCAGUAGGCUGGGAUACAUCUCCAAACGUGGAUUCUUUCAACGCGUCCUUUGUGAACUCAUCAAACCAGACUUCCACACCCAGUGCUGGGGCCCCCAACACAGUCUUCUUUGGCCCCCAAGACUCCACAGCAAAACGCAAUAUUUCUGACAAGUCUUCAGCUUUGGCCAGUGCCCCCAUGGUUGAUGUUCAUUCCCCUCCUGGCCUCCCAGCCUCUUCUAAUUCCCAGGCUACUUCCACCUCUCUUCCACAAGGUGCUAUGACAUCUCCCUCAGUUAUGAAUACAUCCAUUCACUCAGACACCUCCCAUGCCUCCCAGCACAUUCACCGGCAGUCUUCCCCAACACGUAUUGCCCAUGCCACACAGGCUUCCUUUUCUCCCCCAAAUGCCAUACACUCUCCACGUAAUUCCAAUUCCUCUUCCCCUAACACUGAUGUUCAAGGGCCCCGUCCCUCAGAAAAUUCUCAAAGGAGGACCUUCCUAGAAGUGGAGAGGAAGAUGACCCAACGGAAAAUCAGUAAAUUCAACGAAAAUCCCAGAGACUGUAAGCAGAUGACAGGGGACCGUCUGGUUGGGGAGAUUGCCUUCCAACUUGAUCGUCGAAUACUCUCCAGUAUCUUUCCUGAGAGAGUACGCCUCUACGGCUUCACCGUCUCCAACAUCCCUGAGAAAAUUAUUCAGGUCUGA